AUGGACUUUGUGCCCAAUCACAGCUCCAAUGCGUCUCAGUGGUUCCAGGAGUCCCGCUCCUCCAAGACCAACCCGAAGCGAGACUGGUUCAUCUGGCAUCCAGGCGUGGUGCAGCCGGAUGGCUCCAGGCGGCCGCCCAACAACUGGGCCUCCAACUUUGGUGGAGGCCUGGGUUCGUCAUGGACCUGGGAUGCAACGACCGAGGAAUACUACUACCAUGCGUUCGGCGAGUUCCAGCCUGAUCUGAACUACCGGAACCCGGCAGUUGUGGAGGCCAUGCAGGAGGUUCUCAGGUUCUGGCUGCGCUUGGGGGUCGGCGGCUUCCGGAUUGAUGCGGUGCCUUUCCUUCUCGAGGACGAGAAGCUACGCGACGAGGCCUUCAACGCGACCUGUGCAAAGACAAGUCCCACUUGGAACUGCAUGGUCCACAACUACACCCAGAACGACCCCAAGAAUCAUGACAUCAUCCACGGCUGGCGGACGACAAUCGAUGAGUUCGACGACCGCGUGAUUUUCGGUGAGAUCUACGCGCCCUUGGCGGACCUCAUGGAGUACUACGGCACCACCGAGAAGCCCGAGUUCAACGUGCCCUUCAAUUUCGAGGUCCUUGGCCAGGAUUAUGGCAAACCCAACGACCUGCGGCUUGCUUCCGUCGCUCGCUCUGCUGUGAAGAGAUACUCGCAAGCGCUGCCGGAGUGGUGUCAUGGCAAUUGGGUGCUGGGCAACCACGACAAUCACCGUCUCAUGGAGCGGCUCCACAACAACUCGGCGCUCGCAGCCACGGUGUACAACUUCUUCAACCUGCUGCCGGGCACUCCGGUAGUGUACCAGGGUGACGAGAUUGCCAUGCGCGACUUGUUCAUUCCGUACAGCAUUUGCAAGGAUCCCAUGUGCUUGAAGAAUCCGGACAUGUUUGCUACCACUGGUCGGGAUCCAGAGCGCACGCCCAUGUGA